UCUAAUCUAAAAUCUAAAUGGAACCAGAAAUCCAAUUCUUCUUUCCUUCAAUUCUCCAUAAACAUAAUUCUUCUUCCUUUUUUUACCAUAAACAUUAUUAAUGUCAAAGUUAAUUGUGAUGUCAUAAAAAAGUAGUGGGUAAACCGUGUUUAUAUAGUUACACAUAAAGGAAUGACUUUUUUGUAGAUUCUUUUCUGAGUUUUGUUUAAAAAAAUACAAACUUUAAUGGGGAAUGUUAAUGGAAGAGAAGAAAUUGAUCAAUCUGGUGUUGGGGUGCAAGAAACUAUGGAUGCUAGAGAUGGUGAAUUCAUGGGUCAAUCUCCACCUUCAAGUCCUAGGGCUUCUCAUUCGCCAUUGAUGUUUAGACCUCAGAUGCCAGCAGUCCCUUUACAAAGACCCGAGGAGUUGCACAUCUCAAACCCUUCGUGGAUGCAAAACACCUCAGGGUACGAAGACUUGAAGGAUGAGCAAGGAGUUCCCACACUGAUAUCAUGGACCUAUGAUGGCAAAGAAAUUGCCGUGGAGGGAUCAUGGGAUAAUUGGAAAUCAAGGAACCUUUUGCAAAGAUCUGGGAAAGAUUUCACCAUUUUGAAGGUGCUUCCUUCUGGAGUUUACCAGUAUAGGUUUAUAGUUGAUGGACAAUGGAGGUGUUCCCCUGACUUGCCAUGCGUUCAGGAUGAAGCAGGGAAUACUUACAAUAUUUUGGAUGUGAAGGAUUAUGUACCAGAAGAUAUCGAAAGCAUUUCUGGUUUUGAACCUCCUCUUUCCCCAGAUUCCAGCUACAGUAACUUGCAAUUUGGAGCAGAGGACUACGCCAAGGAGCCACCUUUAGUUCCACCUCAUCUACAAAUGACUUUGCUUAAUGUUUCAUCAUCUCCACCUCCUUUAUCAAGACCUCAACAUGUGGUACUUAACCACCUGUACAUGCAGAAGGGAAAGAGUACCCCAUCUGUGGUAGCACUCGGUUCAACUAAUCGAUUCCUGUCCAAAUACGUGACAGUGGUACUUUACAAGUCCAUACAGAGGUGAACAUAUGUCUUUUAAUAAUGUUAAGUUCGGUGACAAAUGAUUAGAAGUAAGGUCUCAACUCAUGGCCACUCAAGAAAAGUAGCAGAGGAAUGUGUCAAUUUACCUGUAAUCACUUAUACGUAUUGUAUUUCGCGAAAAAUUACACGAUUGAAAGAGAGAAACUGUGCUUGUUGUACUUUUGAGUUGUGCUGGAAUAUCUAGAGUUUAGUAGAUAGGAUAGGAUUGAAUGUUUCAGCUUUUGAAUGGAAUCCAUGAACCAUAAUCUCUCUCUUGUUGAAUGAAAAUUUUA